AUGCGCGUAGAAGCGCAAAUACUUAACUUUAUGUACAGCACUAACGACUCGCAAUGGUCUCCUAACAACCUAUCUUACAUGUGCCGGACAGCCGCGGAUCUCGAAUCCCAAAUAGAUCACUGGUCCAGAAACCGACCAUCCAUAAUCCACUUCGAAGAAUGGGACUCGGCACCCAGAUUUGAGCUAACGUACAACCUGCAAGCACGGGUUCUGCAGCUGAGAUCGUGGCUCUAUCGGCCAUUUGUAUACUACGCAAUUCAUCAUGAUAGUGGGCAGAUUAAUGAGAAUGAGGAGGCUAAGAAAUUUAUGCGGAAAGCUAUCGAGUGCAGUUUCCAUAUGAUCAACUCCAAGGCGACGCAGCACCGACAUCAUGGAACCUGGUUUGUCGCCCGCGGUGUACUCAGUUCAGCCCUGUUAAUCAUUGCAGCUGUCAAGGCGGACAAGGGACUUGUGGACUAUUUGGCAGAUUGGCCGGACUUGUUAGACCAGGCGAUAAGGUCUUCGACUCAUUGGGCUUCGGAGGCGCGGGAUCUGGCUUACGCGGCUGUUGUUCUUGCUAAUCUCAAGGAAAAGUUGUGUACUUAA